CCGCGAUCGCAGCCAAUGAACAGCGCCGGUGAGCGAAUGGGCGGGGCUAUCGACCGGAAGUUCCGCCGGACCGGAAGUGGUGCCCGGCGCUCGAUGGGGAUCGGGGGCAAAAUUAACCGGCCCCGAACGGAGCUGCGCAAGAAGCUCUUCAAGCGGCGGCGGGAGCUGGCGCGGGGGCGGCGGCAGAAGCGGCGGUCGGUGUCGGUGCCCGCGGCCCCGGCCCCGCUGUGGGGGAAGCGGCGGCGGAAGGAGCUGAAGCGGCUGCGGGGGGCGGCCAAGAGCGCGCUGCGGGCGGCCGUGACCGAGGCCAAGCGGCCGCCGAAGGAGGCGCGGACCGGGGACAGCGGCGGCGACGUGGAGAUGGCGGAGGCGGCCCCGGAGUGACCGGGGGCCACCGGAGCGGCCCGGGAGGCACCGGGGGCCACCGGAGCGGCCCGGGGGGGGCUCCGGGCCCGCGGCGCUGCCCCCGAGACCGCCCGGAGCUGCUCCCGGGCUCGCACCGGGGCCACCAGUUUGAACACGUGUCCCCAACGUGUCCCCAACGUGCCCCAGUCCCCUGCAGUGUCCCCAGCACCAUCCCCAGUGUCCCCAGUCCUUCUGCAAAGCUCCCAGUUUGUACCAGUCUGCCCAGUCCCUGUCCCCAGUCCCCACCAGUGUCCCCAGUCCCUGUCCCCAGUCCCUG